AUGGCUGAGCGGAAGUUGUCCGAGGUUGGCCCCUCGAAAAUCGUAAUUCCUGUUGCAUCUUUUCCUACGCAUAAUUCACCGCGGAUAUGGUUCAUGACGUCGGCAUUGUCGCCAUUGGUGGUCCGCCUGAUCAAGCUUCUGUUGGCACACGGGGAUUAUGUAGCUGCCGGGCUUCCACCCUCCGAAAUGGAAGACGAUGACCGCAGCGCCGAGUUUAGGGAACUCAUAAACGAGUGCAAGAGUGGGCGGAAAGACAGAGAAGCUGUCGUCGGUACUGUCGAAGAACUCUCGGUUUGUUCAGCAACACAAAACCUAGUUAGAGACCAAUUCGAAACUAUCUUCUUCGGCCAAGUGAACUUCAUCAAAGCCACACUACCCCUCCUGCGGGAACGCCACAAUGGACACAUCAUGAUCCUCACUGGGAUAACAGGACAUAUUGGUACACCGGGCAUGUCGAUGUAUUCGGCCGCGACCUGGGCUUUGGAAGGUUACUGCGAUUCUCUCGCCUACGAAAUAGCGCCCUUCAACAUCAAACUCACGAUUGUUCAACCAAAUAAAGAAAUCCAAGUUCUAAUAAACAAAAUAAUAUUUGCCCCCCAACUUCCCCAAUACGAGAGCCACAACAACCCCGCGCCGGGUCUCCGAGAUAUCCUUACAAAUGUUGUGAAUCUACAUCCAGAGACUCGCAUCAAUACCGACACCGCCACCGAUAAAGGGAAGGGCCCCGGCCAUUCCGGGAAGGGAGAAAUCGUCUCUCGAUUCCCUCGAUUGCCCAGCGAAGCCAGAGAUAGCCUAGUUCUGGAGACAGUGCAUGCUUUAACGGCUAUUGGGGGUCAUGAAAACCCUCCGGCGAGGCAUAUCGUAGGGCAUGAAGGAGUCUUGAGCGUGAAAGAGAAGCUCAAGACUGUCAGCGAAGAGCUGGAGGAUUUUGUAGAGGUGAGCUGUGCGGUGGAUAUCUUCAAGAGUGACGUGGGACGUGCGGCAUUGAGUGGCGGCAACAAAACUGAUGCAAGUGCUACGCCUGCGUCUGCUGGGGGAAAUACUGCUGCUAGUUGGUUUUGA